AUGGAUAGAGAGGACUUGAGCAGAAACAAGGAGACAGUUCUUAUAGAUUUGACGAAGGAUGAUGAGGAAGAUGACGAGGAGGAAGAGGAGGAUGACGAGGAAGAUGACGAGGAGGUUGAGAAGGAGGAAGAUGAUGAGGAGGAAGAGGAGGAGGAGGAGGAGGAUUCAUUGGAGGAAAUGAUACGAGACAUGACCUGUGUUAUCUGUUCUAAGAUAUAUCGCAAUGCCACAGGAAUAACCGUAUGCCAGCACAAAUUUUGCUGGGACUGCAUCUACGGCAAGAUAGCAGAACAUGACUGGACAUGUUGUCCAGUAUGCUAUGCUAAGUUUGGUAAUUCGGAACCUCUCAGAAACCUUAGAUUCGAUCCGGUAUACAACAGCUUGGCACGGUAUGUACUUUUUAAAGUAAAAGAAAAUGCGGAGAAGGAACCCAAAAGGGCCAAAACUUCUCAAGCCUCGUCCUCAUCCUCAUCUAGAAGAAAGAUGUGA